AUGUCAAACAAACAAAAUAUCAACAGUCAUCCCAAACCACCAAUUCCUUCGCAUAAAAACAACAGGGACUCUAUUACUUCCAUCACCAGUCGCACUUCCAAUAGCGAAAGUGCUCUGACCAUCGUGUAUCCUAUACUUGCAAAUAGUGAUCACGGGAACCACAAGGAAGACGCUGAUUCUAGCACUCUCAACCCAACAAAUAUAAGAAACCGUUCGGUGUCAUCAUGGGACAGUGCCAUUACAUAUAACACAAUGAAUAGCACCAGAUCCUCAGUCCAGUAUACAUCCGAUGAUGGCUCGUCUUCCUUGUUGUGGGAUGAAGCAAGGAAAUCGGCUAUCGAUCUUUUGAAGGCUGACAAUUCUCGGUCCGAACAUGCCACAUUGGAAUUUACCAUCAACAAGCUGGACAUCAAAUCUCUUGGUAUCAUUGGAAGGGAACGAGAAUUAAGAUUACUGAACGCCGCUUUUCAAAGAUUAACUGGAUGUUACGACGAUUCAUUUCCGCAGGCUUCAAGUCGUUCAUUCAAUUCAGGUUCUGAAAAUGAGAUUGUUUUCAUUUCCGGGCCUGCCGGAAUUGGCAAGUCGACCUUGGCGCAGUCGUUGAAGAAGAAAGCAAUUACUACAAACGUGGCCUUUGCCGAGGGAAAGUAUGAGUUUACUUCUAUCCACGAGCCAUACUCUGGGGUGGCUCAGGCCUUUGGUGAAUUAUGCAACAAGUUCAAGGACUAUCCGGCAGAAAUUGUUGCCGAUUUAUCGCAAACCAUUCACAAGACCAUGCGAGAAGAAUUCAAGAUGCUUUCAGGUCUGAUUCCGGAACUCGGAACCUUUUUUGAAGACGACGAGCAAGGUGAUCCCAGCUCUCACAGUCGCCUACCGAUUCAUUCGACAGGGAAGGAACACGAAAGGUGGAAGUAUGCAUUUCGUAUAUUGACUCGAAUACUCGGUUCCCAUUUCUCUGCGCUUGUGAUCGUUCUAGAUGAUCUUCAGUGGGCAGAUACGUCAUCUCUGGAUAUUUUGGACCACUUAAUAUCCGACAUCCAGAACCCACAACCGUUGAUGAUUAUUGGGUGUUAUCGAUCAAACGAAGUCGACGACAACAGCAUCCUUUACAACCGCAUGCAAACACUUCAGGCGAAGAGCGAAAAGUUUGGCUUCAAAAUCACUGAUAUCAAUCUUCAAAACUUUGAUGUCGAUUCUGUGAAUACGAUGAUUAUGGCAAUGUUAUCAAUUGACGACGAAUCGAAAACCCGAGAUCUAGCAGAAGUAUGCUUCAAGCGUACUUUGGGAAAUCCUUUCUUCUUGAUUGAGUUCAUGAAGAUGCUUCAGGCAGAAGGGUUGCUCCAGUUUAAUCUAGGUAUAUUGAAGUGGGUAUGGGCGGUGUCACGAAUUGAAGAUGCGACCAUGUCGACAGCAAACGUGGUCGAUCUGUUGCAAUCCCGAAUGAGGAAACUUCCGGCCGAUGUUCAGUUACUCUUGCAGUAUGCAGCAUGUCUUGGAUCCUCCUUUGCUGUUUCAACUUUGAGGUAUGUUUGGAAGAAACAUGCAUUGUUGAACUUGGAUGGUGCAAAUCCCAGCGUGACCAGGUUGCUUAGAAUUGUACAGAACGAAAAGCUGAUCGAGCCGUGUGGUUCGGGCGAGUACCGUUGGGUCCACGACAAGGUUCAGGAGGCAGCUUUGUCGUUAUCGGACUUGGUGACUCAUUCGUUCCAGUUUGACUUGGGGAUUUGUUUGUAUGAAGGGUUGCCAGAGCCACAGCUGGAGAAGCAACUAUUCGAUGUUGCCGAUCUUGUCAACAAGGGCAUUGGUUGGGAAAGGCCUGAUCUUUCCAAGUUGAAUCUAAGAGCUGCAAAGAAGGCUCGGAAGAUGGCAGCGUUCGAAAGCGGAUCUCGUUAUGUUGCCAAUGGUAUCAAGCAGCUAUCUUUCGACUCCUGGGUCACAAAUAAGGAGCUGACAUUGGAGUUGUACUCGCUCGGUGCAGAAAUGAAUAUGACGCUUGGAAAGAUCGCUGUGGUGCAGAGUUACAUCGCUGCUGUACUUGAUCGGGAAGGCCAACACACGCCGAUGGAAACUGUUUUCAUUAAAAUGAUCAAGCUUGAGAUUCUGAACACUGUUGAACUUUGCCACGAUGAAGCCGUCAACUAUGGUGUAAAAUUGCUCAAAGAGAUUGGAUACAGCUUUGUUUGGAGGCGACGAGGGUUGUGGGGUGCUCAAGCGUUGGCGUUGAUCCUGAAAACCGCCAGAAGGCUCGAAAAAAUCCCUGUGGAUCAUUUCAAAACCAUCGGAAUGAUGAAAGAUUCGAAACACCUGGCCAUCGCCAGUAUGUUGUCAAUGCUGCAUGUAGCGUCGCACAACGGGAACGAUAUCUUCUUCAACUUUCUCUGUGUAUGCAAGGUGAUCGAAACGACGCUGGAUCAUGGAUUGCAUACAUACUCUGCAGCUGGGUUUGCAAGUCUUGCCGCAGUCGUGAUCUUCUUGAAGAAUGACAGUGCGAAUGCGUCUCGUUUCUGUGACAUUGCAUUCUUGAUUCAAGAAAAGGUUGGCAUUCGAAAUGCAGCUGAGACGCUACACAUCAGCUGGGGAUUUGUGUUGUGCUACACCAAGCCGCUUCAUGAAGCUCUCAAUCCAACACUUGACGGGUACUCCAAAGGCUUGAGGGAUGGGGAUAAUGGAGGUGCAAUGUUGAAUCUUCUGCUCCGCUUUGUCUACCUCCCAUAUAUCAUGGGCAAGAAUCUUGGAUCCAUAGUCGAAAAGUUUCCAACCAUUGCGGCGCAGUUGGAAGAAUCGGGUCGCACGAAGGAGCUAUUGGCGCUUCGGGCGUGUUGGCAAAUGAUACUGAAUCUGCAAUUGCCACCCAAUGAGGCCUCAAAGAAGUUGGAAGGUGAAGUGUAUAGCCAGUCGUCAGAGACUUCUCAAAUUCCUUGGAAAGUUGCGAACGAGAAUCUCGCAAAUGGGGAGCUUCUUCUUUUCUUCUCAGAUCACGAAGCACGGACAAAGCGGCUUAUGAAUGAAGAGAAAGGAAAGACAUACUCCGAGCUAAUCCAGGGAUACUUCCCAAGCCGUAUCGAAACGUUUCAUCGAGGCAUUGCACUGUUUGCUACGGCUCGACACACACGACGCAGAAAGCACAUGUCCGAAGCGAUGAAAGUCAGGAAACAGAUAGCGAAGUGGGCAAAAACAGGAGACCCCAAUAUUCAACACUAUCAUCUACUGUUGAAUGCUGAAGUAGCAGUCUUAGAAAAGAGAUUCACCAAAGCAGAUGCUUUGUACAAGCAGGCUAUCUGUCGUGCCGCUCGAAUUGGUCACAUUCACCACGCUGCCCUGUUUCAUGAGAGGUUUGCGGAAUAUCGGUUGGAAGUGCGUGGUGAUAAAGACGACGGCAAGUACCACAUGGAGCAAGCGGUUCGGUAUUACACUGAAUGGGGAGCGGUUGGCAAAGCGGAGGAGCUGAAGAAAGUUGUGAAGAAUUUGUGA